GAUCACACUCUCCCCCCCUCUCACUUGAACAGACUCUCCUCCUCUCUUUUUCAGCCCCUGCAAGGAAACCUCAACCCCUUUACGUUUUGCCUUUCAAAGUCCAAACAAGAAUUUUGCUUUUAAAGCCUCUGUUUCUCUCUUUAUAUUGAACUGUUUUCCAGUUAGUAAUAGAGGGAGAGGGUUUCUUCAGGGUUUGUUCGAAAUGUCGACGCAGACUCGCCGCCCUUCUUUUUCUUCUUCCACAACGUCGUCUCUAGCGAAGCGGCACGCUUCGUCUUCAUCCGCGUCGGAGAAUAUAGGGAAGCCCACGGUCGCAACAACUCACAUUGCAAGAAAGCGAGCGCCUCUUGGUGACAUCACGAAUCAUAAGAAUGUUCCUCAAAAGGGGUCAAGAACUUCGAUUCCAUCUUCUACUUUGGCACCAUGCUCAAAUAAAAUUGCUAAGGUGAAAAAGGGACCUCCCGCUUGCACCAGCAAUACAGGCUUCUCAGCGAGCAAUUUAGCUCCAUUAAAUUCAAAAUCAAGCGCGAUUGGUGCAUGUAAGGUUACAUCUGUUCCAAGAAGUGAUCAGGCGGUCCCUAGUAUUGUUGUUGAUCCUGCUCCAUGCAACAUGGAUGUCUCUCCUAGUAAAUCAAUUUCCUUGGAUGAAACAAUGUCAACUUGUGAUUCUUUCAAGAGCCCUGAAGUUGAGUAUCUGGACCACAACGAUAUUCCAGCAAUUGAUUCUAUCAAUAAGAAGACUCUCAGCAAUCUCUAUAUCUCAGACCAUGUGCAAACAGAAGAAAAUGUGUGCUGCAGAGAUAUGCUUGUUGAUAUGGAAACAGAUGAUAAAAUUGUUAAUCUUGAUGACAAUUAUGAGGACCCUCAGCUUUGCGCUACCAUUGCUUGUGAUAUUUACAAGCAUUUACGAGCAUCAGAGACAAAGAAAAGGCCAUCCACAGAUUUUAUGGAAAGAAUUCAGAAAGACAUAAAUGCCAGCAUGCGUGCAAUUCUGAUUGAUUGGCUUGUGGAGGUGGCUGAAGAGUACAGACUUGUACCUGAUACAUUAUAUUUGACUGUGAACUACAUUGAUAGAUAUCUUUCAGGAAAUGCCAUGAACAGACAAAGACUGCAGCUGCUUGGUGUUGCCUGCAUGAUGAUUGCUUCAAAAUACGAGGAAAUUUGUGCGCCCCAGGUGGAAGAGUUUUGCUACAUCACAGAUAACACCUACUUUAGGGAUGAGGUUCUAGAAAUGGAAUCAGCCGUUUUGAAUUUCUUGAAGUUUGAAAUGACAGCCCCAACAGCAAAAUGUUUCCUUAGGCGAUUUGUCCGUGCUUCUCAAGGAGCCAAUGAGGUUCCAUCAAUGCAUCUAGAGUGCUUGGCCAACUACAUUGCAGAAUUAUCUCUCCUAGAGUACAAUAUGCUUUCCUAUGCUCCAUCACUUAUUGCUGCCUCUGCAAUUUUCUUGGCAAAAUACAUACUUCUUCCUUCAAGAAGACCGUGGAAUUCCACCUUGCAGCAUUACACACUUUACCAGCCUUCUGAUUUGUGUGAAUGUGUCAAGGAACUCCACUGCCUCUGCUGCGGCAGCCACAAUUCUACCUUACCAGCAAUCAGGGAGAAAUAUAGUCAGCAUAAGUACAAAUUUGUAGCAAAGAAGUACUGUCCACCUUCAAUACCUCAAGAAUACUUCAACAACCAAAGUUAGCUAGGAUAGUAUCCUUAGUUUUUUCCAAUGCUCUGUUGGAUAAAGUUGCCGAGUGAAUCAUUUUUCCAAGCAAUGGAAUACAUGUGUUCUUCUUCAAUGUAUCAUUUUUCUCCCCCUUUAAUUGUUGAUUGUAGUAGUUUGAUGCUUAAUUGAUUUAGAUUGUGGUGAGUACUGCUGAUAGAUAAAUCUUGUAUGAUAUAUCUUUUUUCUUGUUUCCUAGAUUUUUAGCAGUGUUACUAGUGCAAUUGUAUCAAAUAACAUUGACUAAACAAUUCUCAAGUCUUACCACCAACUUAAAAAAA